UUUUUUUUUUUUGCUCCUUUGUGUUGCAUUUACUAUCACUAUAGUUUUAUAGAUUUACAAGCAUAACUAGGACUACACUGGUGCAACAAUGGUGAAGAUAUUCAUCGGAAAUCUCUCUCAAGACACUCAGAAGGAGGAAGUUGAGGCUUUGUUUACUCAGUAUGGCACGGUGACAGAAUGUGCCAAAUACAAAAACUAUGCUUUUGUCCACAUGGAAGACCGCAAAUCUGCCACCAAAGCCAUCCGUGAGCUCCAUCUGUAUAAGCUGAACGGUAGGCCCAUGAAUGUGGAGCCCAGCAGAGGGAAGAACCAGGGCCCUAUGAAGCUCCAUGUAACCAAUGUAGAAAGGGGCUUUGAAAAUGAGCUCCGUGAUCUGUUUGAAGAGUAUGGCACAGUCACGGAGUGCUCCAUUGUCAAGAACUUUGCCUUUGUGCACAUGCCCAAUUCUGAUGAGGCCAUGGAUGCUCUGAAGGGCCUGGAUAACACAGACUUUCAAGGAAAGCACAUACAUGUUCAGAUAUCAAAAAGCAGACCCAGAGGGGCACCCGAGGAGGAGUACUAUCCACCUCCGCCAAGCAGAGGAGGUUAUUAUCCUCCUCGUUACCCUGUGGAGAGACCUGAAACCCCCUACAGAGGCCGCAUGUCCACUUAUCCUCCUCCACUUCCGCCACCCCCUCCCCUGAGACGAGCAGCUUAUCCCGAGCGAGACAGCUAUGGGGUGGUCGAUUACUAUGAGAAAUACAGGGCCCGUCCUUACAGCAGUGCAGGCUACGAUGACAGGCGUGCCAUCCCCCCUCCUCCACCUCCUCCCUCAGCGCUGGUCAGAGAACGUCUCGGAAUGGGGUCCCUUGACCCAUAUGAGCGGCGCCCCCUGCCCCCUCCUCCUCCAUCCUACAUGGCCAGAGACCGAAGCCCCAUCAGGCGAACCCCCCUUCAGCCUGCACCGUCAGCGGCUAAUGGAUACUCCUAUGAACGGUCCCGACUCUCUCCAGUUUCCAGAGCUCCGGUAUACGCUGCUUCCCUCUCCAGGGCUUCCUUUUCCGAGAGAGGGCCGCCACCGCCGCCACCACCACCUCGCUAUGCAAGCUAUUAGGCACCUGAGAGUGUAAUACAAGGUUUAGAAUAUGACAAGAUCGUCGUCGUCUGCUGAUGCACGUGGCGCUAUACAUCCCCCUUGUCUAUGGCGGAUUGCGUUGCGUUCGCCUGAGACUUACUGGAAGAUACUGUAUUGCGGACAGCCCCGUACUUAAAAACAUACAAUUCUCUGUCUACAGUUCACGUGUUCUUCUGAGCUGUAUAUGAAUUUUCUGUUGCUCUGCUUGUUUUGCUGUUCAAAUCAUUAAAAUGUUUUGCAGAAUAGGAUGCUGGAUUAGGUGCUUAGUCUGUUCCAGUGUGAUGUAGCAUUGUUGACGGCCAAAAAGUAUACGCUCUGCUUUUCACUCUUUCUAAAUGGAUAUGGCCUCUGGGAAGCCAUUUAAAUGAAAUUCCAUGCAGUUUAUUUAAAAACAAUGAUUGUGUUCAGGCUAAGGUAGGUGGUUGAUCACAAAAUGCUCCACAAAAUCAAUACAAAAAAAAAAUCAUUUUAGGUGUGCUUAACAUAUAAUACUUUGUAAUAACUCUAAGAUGUGCGUUCAUAUUUUAGCAUGACAAAUCAGGAUUUCCAGUGUGCUUUUGUUCUUUAUACAGUCUGUGUUCUCUUUUCCUGCAAAAACAGAAUCCAUAGCACAGUUAUGUAUGCUUUUAUUUACUUCACAAGUUGCUUUUCACUUGAAAGGUUUUUAAUAAACAAAUGAAACCAAAAGGACGUUUUAACUGUCAAAUUAUUCAACGCUGGGUAGUCCUUUUAGCCUACGGACCUGGCCGAGAGCCACGAUACGCCAGGCUAGAUAUGUGUAAUAAGACGCAGGCGUGCUUUAUGUAUUUCUCUACACACCCUUGUGAGUUAUCAGCUUGACACAUGGUAGGCGAUGUUUAUUUUCGGCCCUGUUUAUUUUCACUGAAAAUGCUGAAAAAUUGUGCAACUUUCAAGUUCUCAGUUUAAAAACCAACACCCGAUUUGUUCCAUUGAAAUUUUAUGUUGAUCUGUGUUCACCUGAGCAGUGUUGCAAUGCUAAGUGAAUGGGGAAAAAAAUAAAAAUUUGGAGCAUCUGCUCUCUGGCAGUGACUCUGACUUGCCCUCUAAGAUGUUCAAAAUUUAUACAGCUCCACAAACCCAGGAGUAACACAACCUAACUUCAGUUUCCUGUGCUCUUGUGUCUGCACUGAAGGUUUUAAGUUGCGUUCGUCGAUUUGCUGUGUGUUGUCCCUGGCACGCACGGACCUACCCCCACCCCAAUAGCAUCUACCUUUACCUCCUUGUGUUGACAGUUAGUGGUUUUCAUAGAAGUAGAGCUAUGAUUAACUGAGCUUUGCAAUGGGUCUUGUUUCUAUCAUCUUUUGAGUUGUUUGAAAGUUUUGACAUUCUUCAUUUCUUUGUCACUGAAUCCACACUUUCCAUUUCUGUCCCAACUGUCCACAUUUAUAAACCUCUAUAUGUGUACCUCAAAUCACAUGCAGCUUUUGGUAUCCUUAGUAUCUGUGCUCUUUGUAGGUUAUUAGACUCUAUGCAGGAGAUGCCAGUUCAUGGUAAGUCAUCCUCUGAAGAUGUCCAGCAUCCUGACGAAAAGAGGUAGAUAUUGUUUCAGCUUUACUGCUCAACAUCUGUUACUGUCACUGUAAAUUGUCUCAUUCUGGUGUUUUUGGAUUCAUACUACAGUUUGGAGAAAGAUUUCUGGUCUUUUUUUUUUUUUUUUUUUUA